AUGCAUUAUGUUCGCGCUGGCACAGGAUCCGAGGCGCUACUUCUGCUGCACGGGACUCCGAAGACGAGUUACUACUGGUAUAGAUUGAUUCCGCUGUUGACCGAGCAUUUUACAAUUGUUGCGCCUGACCUGCGAGGUUUUGGUUACUCCGACAAGCCGCCCGCAGCCGACGGGUACGAUUCCGCGACAAAUGUUCAGGAUGUUAGCGAGCUCAUGACCUUUCUCGGGAUCGAUAAAUUCCAUGUUCACGGCGAAGAUCGCGGAGCAGACUUUGCAUAUGCUCUUGCAGCUACAUGCCGCGACCGUGUCAAAAGCUUGUCGUUCUGUGAGAUGAUGGUUUCCGGUUUCGGGCUCGAGGAGACAUCCUACUGGACUGAAGAAAACGUGACAGCUCAAUACCGUCAGAAGGGUAUCUGGUGUUGGCACCUUGGCCUCUUUUCGAUCCCUCACGUCCCUGAGAUGCUCAUCCAGGGUCACGAGCAUGAGUUCUGGGAGAUGUUCAUGAGACAAGAAUGCUACAACCCGACUGCGAUCGAGUCGACAGCACUGGCGCACUGGGUCAGCUGUUCAAUGCAACCAGGCGGUCUCAGAGGCAUACUGGAGACCUAUCGCGCAGGUUUCACGAAUGCAGCACAUCAUCGCGCUUUGCUCAAAAAGGGAGGCAAGCUCCAUGUAAGGACAAUGACGAUUGGCGCUCCAGAAUUUUUUGGGCCUCUGGUUGAAGAAAGCAUCCUUCGGCUUGCGGAAAAAGUGCACAGAUCAGAGAUCUUCGAAGAAUGUGGCCACAGUCUUGCGCUCGAGAAGCCCGAGAGGCUUGCUCAAAGUCUAACGGAAUUUAUGCUGGGAGACGAUUGA